GUUUCAAGAAGAAAUCCAGAGGAUGUCCAGGAGAUAGUCGUUUGGAAGAGAUACAGUGACUUUAAGAAACUGCACAAAGAUCUCUGGCAAAUUCAUAAAAAUUUAUACAGACAUACAGAAUUGUUUCCACCUUUUGCCAAAGCAAUAGUUUUUGGGAGGUUUGAUGAAACUGUGAUUGAAGAAAGAAGACAGUGUGCUGAAGAUCUGUUGCAGUUUUCUGCUAACAUCCCUGCACUCUAUAAUAGCAAGCAAUUUGAAGACUUCUUUAAGGGUGGUGAGGUGCAUGAUGGAUCUGAAUUGAUUGGUCCUGUUGAACCUUUAUCCGAUUCUCUGAUUGACAGUUUGUCUGACUGCAGUUCUGAAGUUCGAAAAGAUCUAAGUGGACUUGAUGAUGUGACACUUAUCAGCCAGUCAGAAUGUGGAGGUUUCUCCAGUGACAGUGACCUGAUCUCUUUGACAGUUGAUGUAGACUCUCUUGCCGAGUUAGAUGAUGGAAUGGCAUCCGACCAAAAUUCUCCCAGUAGAGCUUUUGGUCUUGGUUUUCCUUCUGAAGCCUUAGCACAAAGCAGUGUUGCUUCUGAGCAUGAAUGGAGCAAACCUGAAGGGGAGAGGGAGAACCGUAGUCUGUUUACUGGGAGCUUAAAACCUAAGGCUGGCAAACAAGAUUACUUGGAGAAAGCAGGGGAGCUGAUAAAGCUGGCCUUGAAGAAAGAGGAAGAAGAAGAUUAUGAAGCUGCCUUUGGCUUUUAUAGGAAAGGGGUUGAUCUGCUCCUGGAAGGUGUUCAAGGUGAAUCAAGCCCAACACGUCGAGAAGCAGUGAAGAGGAAGACUGCAGAAUAUCUAAUGCGUGCUGAAAAAAUUUCUACCCUCUACCAAAAAUCCUCAACUGAAGAUGGAUCCCUUUCUGCGCCUCUAGGAUCACUAAGUUCAAGGCCCUCUUGGAACCUAAGGAGCCCUGCCGAGGAACUGAAGGCCUUCCGAGUCCUUGGGGUGAUUGACAAGGUUUUGCUCAUAAUGGAUACUAGAACACAGGAAACGUUGAUACUGAAAGGUCUAAGGAAAAGUAGUGAGUACAGCAGGAACAGAAAGACCAUCAUCCCCCGCUGUGUACCCAACAUGGUGUGUCUGCACAAGUACAUCAUCUCUGAGGAGUCUGUAUUUCUUGUGUUGCAGCAUGCAGAAGGAGGCAAACUGUGGUCUUACAUCAGUAAGUUCUUAAACAGAAGCCCUGAAGAAAGUUUUGAAAUCCCUGAGCUCAAAAGAUCCAGUUCUACUAAGAUUUACCUGCAACAGCCGUCUCCAAGCCCUAAGGAAAUCAGUAGCAGUGUUUGCUCUGGAGCAAGUGAUGGGGAGAACAUGCUAAAAGUUAUACCACUGAAGAGCAGUCUUACCCCAAGUUCUCAAGAUGAUAGUAGUAAUCAGGAAGAUGGCCAAGAAAGUUCUCCCAAAUGGAUGGAUUCUGGGUCAAGUUCAGAAGAAGAAUGCACUAGUAGCUAUUUAACAUUGUGCAAUGAGUAUGGACAAGAAAAAAUUGAUCCUAGCUCUUUAAAUGAGGAACCUGUGCUGAAAAUAGAGGGAGGAGGUCUUAAUACCAAAGACUUAGAAUGCUUACAGGCAAAUACUGUAGUUGGCAAUGAUAGCUUCAGCUCUCAGGUCAUGUCUCAGGAAGUAAAGAUUUUCACAGAAGAUGCUGACCCAGAAAUCAUUAGUCCUACUAGGAUAUCAGAUUCAUUAAAUAGAUCAAAGAACAGCCCCAUGGAACUCUUCAGAAUAGACAGUAAAGAUAGCACCAGUGAACUACUGGGGCUUGAUUUUGGAGAUAAAUUAUUUAGCUUAAAAUCAGAACCUUUAAAGCCAUUUUUUUCUGCACCAGAUCGUGACAGAAGUCUUGAUGCCAUAGAAAGCAGAGUGGGCUUUAGAGCUCAUGACACCAUAAGCAGGGGUUCAAAUGACUCUGUGCCGGUUAUUUCUUUUAAGGAUGCUGCUGUGGACGAUGUUAGUAGUGUUGAUGAAGGAAGGCCGGAUCUGCUAAUAAAUCUGCCUGGUAUGUCAGAGCAAACAGAAGCAGCAGCAGAAGUUAGGCCAACAAAGUUUACAAAGACUGAUAUAGAUAUUUUAGAAAGCAAACUGUUAGAAACCCCUGAUGUCUUACAAUUGAAUAAUACAACAGAACAAUGCAAAACAUUUGAUCAAAAGUUAAAUCAUGAGGUGCCUGAACUAGGCCACUCUUCUAGGAAAGAGUCAGAAGGGCACUGUGUUGUCACUCAGGAAGUUAUUAAGACACUAUUUAGAUCUGAUUUUGAUCUAGGGAGCUCAGAAGAUGUGGCUCAGUUUCAAGGACUUGGAGCAAAUUCUUUCACAUCGUUAAACACAGCGAACACAGAGGAAAGUUUCCUAUUCAUUUCUAACCCACUCUCAGGUGCUAAAGAGCAUAGCAUAGAUGGAGAUGCUGUAGAAGGUGAAGCAGUGUUACUGUUUUCUGAUCAAACUGAAGAUUUUGGGAACGAGGACGCAAACCCUGUUUUAUUACCAAAGGUUGAAAGUGAAGAAACAGCGUCAAAGGACAAGAGUGAAAGAGCAACAGAAGGAGAGAUGGAAAUACAUCAAAUUUUUCGGGACCUUGACAACAGACUGGCACUAACCUCCAGGUUUCACAUCCCAGAGGACUGCAUUCAAAGAUGGGCAGCUGAAAUGGUUGUAGCCCUUGAUGCUUUGCAUAGACAAGGAAUUGUGUGCCGCGAUUUGAACCCAAACAACAUCUUAUUGAAUGAUAGAGGACACAUUCAGCUAACGUAUUUUAGCAGGUGGAGUGAGGUUGAAGAUUCCUGUGACAACGAUGCCAUAGAGAGAAUGUACUGUGCCCCAGAGGUUGGAGCUAUCCUGGAAGAGACAGAAGCCUGUGACUGGUGGAGUCUGGGUGCCAUUCUGUUUGAACUCCUCACAGGGAAGGUAAGAAAUGGAAUAAACACUCACACUUCUCUGAAUGUACCAGAUCACAUAUCAGAGGAGGCCAGAUCACUCAUUCAGCAGCUUUUGCAGUUUAACCCUGUGGAGCGUCUUGGGGCUGGAGCAGCUGGUGCUGAAGACAUCAAAUCUCACCCUUUUUUUGCACCUGUAAACUGGGCAGAUCUGGUGGGAUGAAAGGAACUGGUCCUCUGAACAUGCUCAGGUCUUCUCAUGGACAAGUAUCUCUGGCACAGAGGCACCCUGACUCGCUAGUCUAAGGACCACCAACUCACUUGGACCACAUGAAUAAAGGAUACCAGAGUAAUCAUGCCAAAAGCAAGCAUUUCUAACACAAAUCACUAACUGGACAGGGUGCUAGCUUAUGUUUUAUUGCAAGUGGCUGCUGUGUGAAACCCUUUCAUCAAAGGUGCAGUCUAUAUUGAAAAUUCUGGGUAGCACGUUUAUAACUGCCAAUUUGUGAAUUAAAUAGGGCCAGGCACACGGUCUAUGUGUUUUGUCUGCUGAUGGAAGGGUAUGUAUACCAGUGGAAGGUAGGGUCUUUUAUAGUGUCAGUAGGCUAUUUCCCUAUGCUAGAGGCAGCUCUGGGGGAAAAAGAUCAAAUUAUUUAUAAGUGGCAUAUGCUGAAUGAAAUAAUAAAAUGCUUCACGCAAAACUUGACAUGUAAAACUAAAACUAUGUAUCCAUUACAAAUUAGGAAAGCUGUUACAUAAUACCGUGGAAUGUAUCUUGAAAGUGGUUGCGUAUCAUUUCAAAUGGUGAAAAGAGCUUAUAAAAAACAAACAACUCUAUCAACAUUGUGCUUUGUUGGUUGGCAGUGAACUCUGGCUCCAUAACGUUGAAUAAGUUAUGUGUUUGUCACUACAAAAAGGGAACUCACUUCCUUAGCCAGAUAAAUAUUACUUUAGUAAUGUAAUAAGGACCAAGAAAACAAGAUGCUAAAUAAAUGUAUGGAUAUGGAAA